AUGGGUCGAAAAAGAGUUGUUGAAAGAAAAAAAGGAGCAGUGUUAUCAGAAUCUAUGAAACAGGCUGUCACAAUUGUGCUGAACAAUACAAACACAAUUAGAGGAGCAUCUAAACUUUAUAAAAUACCAUAUGGUACAUUACAUUCAUAUGUAGCAAAAGCAAAAGAUGUUGGAUUGGAUAGCAUGAGGUUUGAGGCUAACUACUAUGUGCGAAAGAUUUUCUCUGUUGAUCAAGAGACUUCAAUACAUAAUUAUCUAGUAAAAUCUAGUGAAUAUCAUUAUGGAUUAUCGAGAAAAGAGGCUAGAAAAUUAGCAUAUGGUUUUGCUGUACAAAACAAUGUAGAGCAUCCACCAUCUUGGGAUGCAAAUGAAACUGCAGGAAAGGACUGGUAUAACCAAUUCAUGCACAGACAU